UCCACAAGUUGAAGCAGUAUGCCGAUGAAUCGAUAAAUCCCGAGUAUGAUUGAUCCUGAGUUCCUGACCGUUGGUUGUAUAUAUGUACAGUAUCCUUGAGACGCGGUUUCGUGAAUAUGUAGACUUCAGCUGUUGUUUCUGCAAGCCGCGCGCGUUAAUUUGCGAGCACUGGUUGCCGUGGAUGACAGAGAACGGCGGCGAGAGGAGGAAGAAGAUCGCGCUGCCGUGGGCGGUGCGGCUCCAGGUGAUGGCCCUCACCACCGCCUGCGAUUUAGCGCAGCGCCGCGACGGCACCGUGAACCGCUUCCUCUUCUCGCUCGUGGACCGCCGGGCCCGCGCGACCUCGCGCCCUGACGCCGCGCACGGCGUCAGCUCCGCCGACGUCACCAUCGACGGCGCCCGCGCCGCCAAGGGCCUCUGGGCGCGCGUCUUCUCACCCCCUUCCCCUCCGGCGGCGCCGCUCCCCGUCGUGGUCUACUUCCACGGAGGCGGCUUCACGCUGCUGUCGGCGGCGUCGGCCCCGAUGGACGCCCUGUGCCGCCGCCUCGCCCGCGCGCUGGGCGCCGUCGUCGUCUCCGUCGACUACCGCCUCGCCCCCGAGCACCCCUACCCCGCCGCCUAUGACGACGGCGAGGACGUCCUCGGCUACCUCGCCGCUACCAACGCCGCUUCUCUCCCCGCCCCCGUCGACCUCUCCCGCUGCUUCCUCGCCGGGGACAGCGCGGGGGGCAACAUCGCGCACCACGUGGCCCACCGCUGGACCUCCGAUGAUCCCAAUAAUCCCAAUCCCAAGCACGUGGUCCAGCUCGCGGGGAUCAUCCUGCUGCAGCCCUACUUCGGCGGCGAGGAGAGAACCGGAUCGGAGAUCUCCCUGGAAGGCGUGGCGCCCGUGGUGAACAUGCGGCGGUCCGACUGGUCCUGGAAGGCGUUCCUGCCGUUGGGAGCGGACCGGAACCACGAGGCGGCGCACGUGACUGGGGAGGCGGAGCCGGAGCCCAAGCUGGGCGAGAGCUUCCCGCCGGCCAUGGUGGUGGUUGGCGGGUUCGACCCGCUGAAGGACUGGCAGCGGCGGUACGCCGUCAUGCUGGAGCGGAAGAACCGCAAUGCAGCGGUGCGGCUGGUGGAUUUCCCGGAAGCCAUCCACGGCUUCUACAUGUUCCCGAAGCUCCCCGAAGCUGGCGAGGUCGUGGAGAAGGUCAGGGCGUUCAUCGAAACCUGCACGGCUCAUCACUAGCUCCCUUCUUCUGGUAUAAUUCGCAUCUUAAACUGCACGGUGAAUUGAAAUAGCAAAACUGUAAUUUUUCUAGGCGCUACAGUAAGUGUAUUAUUCCACAUUUCUAUGCUAUUUUUAAGAACCAUCUGAUCUGUGUUUGGUUGGCUAGGUGGUCUGCUGGGCUGCAUUGUAGCUAGGAUCCUGGUUUUGCUGCGGUCCCGUUUGUUUCAGCUUCUUCAACUUUUGGUGCU